AUGAAUAUAUUUAAUGCAUUUCAUUUUCAUAAUUUGUUAUUAAAUUCUAACAUGAUAAUAUUCAUGCUCAAUAUUUGCUUAUUAUCAAAUAUAUAUAAGGAUGUAGUUCUAUCAAAUAAUCAUGAACUUGGAUUAAUUACUAAAAGGAAUGUUGCAGAAGCGAUUAAAGAAAAAAUAGAACUUAAUAAGGAAAAUUAUAAUGAUAAUAACUUGAAUAUUGAUGAAAUCAUACAAAAAUACACUUUUUCAGAAUAUUGCAUAUACAUAGAAUUAAUGAAUGAAAUUUUUUUAGAAAAAAGUUUAAUUGAGAUUGAAAAUAAUAUAGAAAGAAACGCUGCAAUUAUUUAUGGUCAAUUUUAUAAGAAUAAAAUAGUAUUAUCAUUUAAUGAAGUGAUGAAUGUACAUCGUAGAACAGUUAACAUAUUACGUAUAGUGGAUUCAUUACCAGAAGAUAAUGGUCUUUUUAAAUAUCUUCCUUUGAUAGUGAAAAUGGUAACUAUAGAAUCAUUGAACAAUAUAAAUCAUGAAACAACUGAAAGAGAAAUAAAGGUGCAUCCAUCCAUCAUAUCAAAUAUAUCAAAUUUACUUUUUAAUAAACUAGAACCAUUAAAUGAAGUGAUAAAUAAUGAUCAAUUUGUCACAAUAAAAUACCUAAUAAUGGAAUCGAUUAACGAUGUUAUUGAUCAUUAUAAUGAUAGAUUUAGAAGACCAAUAAUAAUCGAUGAACAGUUUGUGCUAAAUUUUUUUAUUGCGGAAUAUAAUGCACUAAAUAAUAUAGUUAUGUAUAUGUGUAGUUAUUUUGAUAGAAGACGAGAAAUAAUUCCUAUGCAGCAUCUCUCCAAAAAAAUAAUUGAAGAAAUUAUACGUGCUUAUUCAAAAUGUAAUAUUAAAUUAACUUAUAAUCAAUUCAAAACAAUUCAUUACAAUAUAUUGGAACGGGUUCACUAUAUGAUGUCUAAUGUAUUAACAGAGGAAUUUAUAAGGACCCGUUUUCGUCCAUACUAUACUUUGGAAAUAAGAUUAACUAUAAAAUUUUCAGAUAAGAAAGUUUGUGAGUUAAAUAUGGAAGGAGAUGGUGAAUCAUACGAUAUAGAUUUCAUAAAAAGUAGAGUUGUAGAAGCUUUUCAAUUAGAAAAUAUUGAUAUAUCACCAAAUGAAAUGAACAAUGUAGCAUAUAGAAUAUAUAAUUCUAUUAGAGAUAUUAUUUUGUAA